AAACACGAAAGAAAGAAAUGUCAUAAAGUUUUGUGUUGAGUUGAGAGAAAUCUAUCCAAUUUUGCUUAAUUGCUGUGUGUGUUUGUCAAAGUUAUUCGAGUGGAGAUCACUUUUCUAACUUUUUAUAUAAAAUUUCAUUCCUUGAAUUGAAAUGGAGAAACCUACCGUGACUGACCAACCUCCCCCAUAUUCCGCAACAGUUCCUCCAGGUUCUCCACCACAGCCUGCACCCAAUACUGCGUACCCACCUCCGCCGCCCGGCUACACUCCAUAUGGGCCACCACCCCCACCCCCUGCAACCGCAUUCGUCCCCAACUACGGUGCUACCAACAUCAUCAUAACACCGCCCAUCGUAACAGUCGGUGCCUGCCCAGCUUGCCGCGUCGGCAUCUUAGAAGACGACUUCACUUGCCUCGGUAUACUCUGUGCUAUUUUAUUCUUUCCAUUGGGCAUACUGUGCUGUCUUGCAUUGAAGAAUAGGAGAUGCUCUAACUGUGGAGCUAUGUUUGGUUAAAUUUUACGAAGUUUAAUUUUGCAAGUUAACUUUGAGUUAUCAGAAGGAUUUAGAGGGAUAAGUGCUAUAAUAUGAAUUAUACAUGCCUGACAAAAAAAUCGAAUUUAUGCUGUGAAAAUAUUAUAACGUAAUGAUUUAAUCAAUAGUGCAGCUGAAAUUAAAAAAAAAAUUGAAUUAAGAUGUUUUCCACAUUUUUAAGUAUGCUCAUUCACAAAC